GAUGCUCUGAUUUACUGUAUUACUUAAUUUUAUAGUCUGUUUUUGUAACAUACUUUUAAUUGUAAUUUUAUAACCAAACACACAGGACUCGAAGAUUAUAUGAAUAUGAUGCAGGAGCUUUGGUUACGAGGACAAAGAUAAUCGAUCCGACCCUGCAGCGUUAAGAGCGAAGAGGUCUGGUUAACUUGCUGCAGAAAAGAAUCUCACAGAGCAGUGACAAGCGCAAUAUAUUGUCAGACUUCUUCAAGAAGCUUCAUCUCCAGCAGUGACUUCAUCCUCAAAGAUGAAGUUGAAGGAGGAUAUGAACCCCCUGCUUCUGCAGGUCUUCCGCUCUGUGGUCUGGGUCUACUCUGUCAUCACCUUCAUACCCUGGUACUUCUUCUCUGGAGCUGGCUCCAACUUGGAGCGGGCUCGCCGGAUUAAGGCACGCUCAGUUAGCAGACACCCAGCAGGGCCUUACAGGGCCAUCAACAGCCAAGAGAAGCUGGUGGCUUGGCUGCACCCUGGGGUGGACACGCUGGAUAAGAUGUUUGAAUACGCUGCCAGGAGUUUUCCACAGAGAGACUGUCUGGGCACCAGGGAAGUGCUCAGUGAGGAGGAUGAGCUGCAGCCCAACGGCAAAGUCUUCAAGAAGGUAAUUCUGGGGAACUAUAACUGGCUGUCAUAUGAGGACGCCUACCAGGCAGCAAAGUGUUUCGGCAGCGGUCUGGCAGCUCUCGGCCAGAGGCCUCAGUGUAACAUUGCCAUCUUCUGUGAGACCCGAGCUGAGUGGAUCGUGGCAGCACAAGCCUGCUUCAUGUACAAUUUUCCACUCGUCACACUGUACGCCACUCUUGGACCCACGGCCAUUGCCCACGGCCUGAACGAGACUGAGGUCACGCACAUCAUCACAAGCAAGGACCUGCUGCAGAGCCGUCUCAGGGCCAUACUGUGUGAUGUUCCGAGGCUGCAGUAUGUCAUCGUAGUUGACACCAAGCCCACAAGCUGGUCAGACAUUCCCAGAGGCAUCACCAUCUACAACAUGGACACCGUGAGGGAUAUGGGAUCCACGCCUGACAACAUCGCAGUCGACCGCAGACAUCCAGAGCCCUCGGACAUCGCUGUCAUCAUGUACACCAGCGGCUCCACAGGCAUCCCCAAGGGUGUAAUGAUCUCCCAUGGCAACAUCAUUGCUGGCAUCACUGGCAUGGCUGAGCGGAUCCCUAACCUCAAUGAAACAGACACCUACAUUGGCUACCUACCGUUGGCUCACGUUUUAGAGCUCAGCGCUGAACUGGUGUGCAUCUCUCACGGCUGUCGCAUCGGAUACUCCUCCCCUCAGACUCUAGCCGACCAGUCUACCAAAAUAAAAAAGGGCAGUAAAGGGGAUACCAGUGUGCUGAAACCUACUCUCAUGGCUGCUGUACCAGAGAUCAUGGAUCGAAUCUAUAAGAAUGUGAUGACUAAAGUGGAGGAGAUGAGCAAAUUCCAGAAGACACUCUUUGUGCUGGCUUACAACUACAAGAUGGAGCAGAUCUCCAAGGGCUACAGCACACCUCUUUGUGACAGUCUGGUGUUCAAACGGGUGCGCGCGCUGUUGGGAGGAAACACACGGGUGCUGCUUUCUGGCGGAGCGCCUCUCUCGGCCGCCACGCAGCACUUCAUGAAUAUCUGUCUGUGCUGCCCCGUGGGGCAGGGCUACGGUCUGACGGAGACGUGUGGAGCAGGCACCAUCAGUGAGGUUUGGGACUACAGCACAGGACGGGUUGGUGCUCCACUCGUUUGCUCGGAAAUCAUGCUCAAGGACUGGGAGGAGGGUGGUUACUACAGCACAGACAAGCCCAACCCACGGGGGGAAAUUUUGAUUGGCGGUCCCAACGUAACGAUGGGUUACUACAAAAACGAAGGCAAGAACCGGGAGGAUUUUUAUGUGGAUCAGAAGGGUCAGAGAUGGUUCUGCACCGGGGACAUCGGAGAGUUUCACCCUGAUGGAUGCCUCAAGAUCAUCGACCGUAAGAAGGAUCUGGUGAAGUUGCAGGCAGGAGAGUACGUCUCAUUAGGAAAAGUGGAGGCUGUUUUGAAGAACUGCCCGCUUAUUGACAACAUCUGUGCCUAUGCCAACAGUGACCAGUCAUACGUGAUCAGCUUCGUGGUGCCUAACCACAGACAGCUAAUGGCGUUGGCGGAGCAGAGGCAGGUGAGGGGCACAUGGGAGGAGAUCUGUAACAACUCCCAGAUGGAGAAAGAGGUCCUCCGCAUCAUUACUGAGGCUGCUAUCUCAGCAAAACUGGAGCGAUUUGAGAUCCCCAAGAAAAUUCGGCUGAGUGCUGAACCCUGGACUCCAGAGACUGGCUUGGUCACUGACGCAUUCAAACUGAAACGCAAGGAGCUCAAAACACACUACCAAGAGGACAUUGAGAGGCUGUACGGUGGGAAAUAACAUAGAAACACUCCAGAGAAUACAUAAACAUACACUCGUAUAUACUUGCACACAUACACAAGGAGCUCAGAAGCCACUACCAGGACUACUUGGAGAGGAGUUACACUAAAGUUACAGGUGACACACAUGCAUUAAUACAGACACACAAAGCGACCAUGCGCCUCCUCCUCGGCUUCCCCGCAACCAGCUUCGAUCAAAGAAGGGGAGAAAAAAACACACGUUUGAAUCCAGCUUAAUGCUCUCUGUCAAGACCAAAAGGCAGAAGGUCCCUUACGGACAACUGAACCAGGCAGGAACGCGGUGGUGGUGGUGGUGGUGGUGGUCUGAUGCACUCACCGUUCCUCUUUGAUGCGUUUUAGCCCUUUUGAGUUGCCACGGCAACCGAGGCGGCACACAAAGUCGGACGCCUGCAUGACUCGGAGUGAAACAAAUGUCAGGCCAGACGUAUCUGGAUCGAUGUCGGCACACCCUCCCCGUUGCUUUUCUUCCCUUUUUCCCUCCCUUCUCCCGUAACUCUCCAGAGCCCUCCACCAGUCCAGCACAAUGUUGUAGAGCAGACCCUCGGCAGGGGGGGAAGAGGAUAGCAUGAGCGGUGCCUGAUAGAGGGGAUCCUUUCUGGGCUUUAAGUAACAUUCAGGUUGGAAUCUAUGCAGGGAUCUCU